AGUUAACAUGAUAAGCGUCCGAAAAGUUCGAGUAGACGAUGAGUAACGAUGAUGACCUAAAAAUGGACGCCAGGUGAGCAUUCUCAGGUGUAUAAAGGUAAAAAAAGCAAAUACCUGCCAAGAUGGAGAAAGCUGUUACCCUGAUAGGGGUUGUGUUAUUAAUAUGCUCUACAGCUGUUUUAGCAAUUCCAAAUCGUCCUCCGGGUAUAUACAUAGAGCCAGAUAAAGACAUUUAUUUCAAACCUGGGGAAACAGUGAUGAUGCCAUGUGUAGGUGAUGGUUAUCCCAAGGUCAUAUAUACAUGGAAGAAGAAUGGAAAGGAUUUCAAUCCUAGCGGUAACGAUGAUCGUAUGGUACAGCUAGCCAACUCGGGCACUAUCGUCAUCAAUAGACCCGAAGAUAAAGAUGAAGGUAUUUUUCAAUGUUUUGCUCAAAAUGAGUUUGGGAGGUCGAUGACAAACCAUGUGAAUCUCCGUGAAGGUAAACUGGACGAAUUUCCAACUGGAGUUAAUGAGUAUCAUCGUCCGCAGCUGGGUACAGCUCUCACACUGGAAUGUAUCCCACCCACCAGCUAUCCGAAGGCCCAGGUGGAAUGGGUCCUCAAAGGCAGCUCCGGGCGAAACGAGGCCAUCAACUACAACAAUCGAGUUACCAUGGAUCUGGAGGCCCGUCUACACAUCACCAACGUGAAGGCUAAAGACUACCAAGACGGCAAGGCCUAUGUUUGCAUGGCUAUUAACUACUUCAUGCGACACAACGAGUUCGACCACGGCCAUUUCAUUAUUCCAAGUGGAUCCUCCGAGUUGAAGAUUGGACCAACCUACCAAUGGGCUACUCCCAGCGACCAUUUUGGUCUAGUAGGGGAAAAGUUUAGGAUGAAAUGUAUCUUUGCUGGAAAUAAAGAUAAAUUAUCUAAACCAACUUGGGUACAAAAACCUGAGGAUAUUGAGACGAGCGAAGGAGCCUCUGCUACGUUCCUUUGUAUAGCUGAAGGUGCUCCCACACCCAAAACGGAAUGGUUCGUCAAUGGUGUGCCUAUUGAUGAAUCGACAGAUGAUACUGUACUGUCCAACCGUUUCAUGAAGCCCAAUGAUAUGAAUGUAACCAUUGACGACCUCAAACUGACUGACGUGUUUGUCAUUCAGUGCAACUGUUCCAACAGCCAUGGUUACGUGUUCGCUGAUGUCUAUCUUAACGUCCUCAGAGAAGCACCACAGUUUGUUAAACGACCAGAGGAGAAUGCCAAGGUGGCUGAAAGCAAUUCUGUUGACCUGUUAUGUCAGACGAGUGGAAAACCUGACCCGAUCAUCACUUGGUACAAAGAAGGGCAACAGAUCACUGGAGGUCGCUACCAGAUUAGAACAAACGGGGACCUUCACAUUAAUAGUGUGGUGUUGUCGGAUGCUGGUCUGUACAGGUGUACAGCUAACAACACCUACGGCUUCGUGGAGGCGUCCGGCUCCCUUACUGUACGCAGGAAAGCUCGCAUUGAGUCUAAGCCAGGUGACUUAGAAGUGAGUGCUGGAUCCGAUGCUAAGUUCACUUGUACUGGAACAACUGAUUUUCACGAGGUGCUGAACCUGGGAGUGACCUGGCAGAAGGAUGGCAAGAAUAUCACCACAAACGAUCAACGUAUGACCCAGAACUUCCAGGACAAUUCUCUGACCAUCAGUGGUACUAUCAGCCGGGAUUCUGGGUUUUACACCUGUGUCGUCCGAGACAGUUUGUCCGUGGCCACAGCGUCUGCCAUUUUGACAGUUAAAGAUAAGCCUGACCCCCCAGUAGAUGUGACCCUGAUCAAGUGUCUGCAGGAAAACGCGGAGGUGACAUGGACCAAAGGUGCCUCUAACAACGCUCCAGUUCAGUACUUUGUCGUUGAGUUCAACACCACAUUCACGCCUGAUAAGUGGACCUAUGCUUUGAAGGUUGGUUCCACGCAAACCAAAGCCACGCUGAGUCUCGCGCCAAACGUUGUCUACGCGUUCCGUGUGUUGUCUGUAAACAAAAGAGGACAAAGCGAGCCCAGUUCCCAAACUGGAGAUAGGUGUACUACCAACCCGAGAAGGCCAAGCCAGAACCCUGCCAAUGUUCGUACCAUUGGGGAUCGCAGGAACUUCUUGGUAGUCGAAUGGACACUAAUGCCUCCUAUCCAGCAAGCCGGAGACAAGUUUGAAUACAUCCUGACCGUGAUAAAGGACGGAAUGACCAUCCACACGUCAAACAUCAAUAAUUACACCAUCAACCGGAAGGACAUUGCAACAAAUGACAUCUUUGUUCCUUACGACAUUACUGUAAAGGCCAAGAAUGAGAUUGGAGAGUCAAACGUACCAUUGAUCACUUACAAAGGAUACUCUGCAGAAGACAUUCCUCAGGUUACUGUAGGUAACUUCGCUGUAGAGGAUGUGACAGACCAUUCUGCUAUAUUUUCAUGGGACUGGGAUAUGAACUAUAACAAUGUGACCCCUAACACUCCAAUCAGAGGCUUCUUCCAGGGUUUCAAGAUUCAGUUUUGGAGACGAGGUGCUAAAUCAGACACGUUCAGAGAAAGAGAAGUGUUGAAGUCACAGAUUCAACUCAAAUAUGGAAGUCGGCGAAAAAGAGCGGUGACGACCUUGAUUUACACCAUCAACGACCUUCAGCCUUACACUUACAUGGAGGCACAGAUAGUAGUAAUGAAUACUUAUUACGUAAGCCCACCCAGUGCUGUCAUCUCUCUACAGACCAAACCUGGAGUACCCGGUCCAGUUAGGACCUUUACCGUACCACAAGUGGGCAGCAACUUUGUCUUGUUGGCAUGGGAACAGCCUGAUGAGUCUGAUAGAAAUGGUCUGAUUGUUGGCUACGACAUUGGCUACCAAACAAUUAAAGGUCUUGACCUUGGGAAGAUGCAAGACCGUGUCCCUCAAAUAAACGACCCCUACACAAACAGAACGGUACUGAAUGGACUCGUGGCCAAACAGAAGUACCGCGUGCACAUCUGGUGUCGGACUACGAUGGGAAGGGGAGAAGACUACUUCAUAGAGAUCACCACGGCAGCAGCAGGCUCCCAGUCUGUGCCUUCCUUUGACGUCAAAAAUGUCAAUGAGACAUUCUUCAAUGUCACUUGGAACAGAGUGAUAAGUUCCAAGGCCGGGACGGUGGUAUACGUGGAGUUUAGGAAGGACGGUGCGUCGGAUUGGAUGCAGACGACUGACGAAGUGUCCAAUAACUGGAAGGGUGUGGCCAAUCUGGAAGGAGGAACUACAUACGAGGUCCGCCUCGCUGUCACAAACGGGAAGUCAAGAUCCACCAGUGGAACACAGUACAUUUCCACUACAGGAAUUGCUGCUGCUUAUAACUUGGGAGCAAACUUUGGCUGGUUUAUCGGCAUGAUGCUCUCCCUCCUCAUCAUCAUUGCCGUCGGAGCCCUGAUAGUGUUCUGUAGAAAACAGGCCCAAGAGAAGAUGGAAGAGAAAUACAGAUCCAAACCAGAUAAAUCCAGAAUGUAUGCGAGGGAUGGUGAACCCCGAGGACAAUCGAAUGACUACUACAAAGAAAGGCGUAGAUUGGAACGUAACGACAGCUUUGACGAUGUCCGCAAGGAUGAUGGCGGCUUUGAUGACAGGAAGUAUGAUGACGAUUAUGAUGACCGCCGCUACAGCGAUUACCCUGAAGAUGACCGCGAUCGUGACUAUGAUGACCGAGACUAUGAUGACAAAGAUCGAGACUAUGACGACAAAGGUCGCGACUACAAUGACGAGGAUCGUGACUAUUACCGCGACGAUGACCGCAGAUACGAUGAUGAUUACGACCGUGAUGAUGGCUAUGAUCGUGAUGGUCGUCGCUAUAGCUACGACCGUGAUGAUGGCUAUGAUCGGGAUGGUAACCGCUACAACUAUGAUGAUCGCCGUGACGACAACCCUGAUGAUAAGUAUCCAAGUGAUAUAGAUGACAAGUACCCGGAGAAUGACGACCAUGCUUAUGAACCCUACCAAAAGUCAGGCUAUGAUAGGAGCGACAGCAAGGACAAGAAACGUAUCAGUGAUAUGGAUGACGAGUACAGACGUGAACCAUCAAAGUUUGACGACGACGGAUACCCAAAGGAGAGUGGUGCGACAGGCUCGUCUUCCACCUGUGUCUGAACGGUUCCGGUUCGGUGCUGAACGGUUCCGGUUCGGUGCUGAACACUUCAGUGAAUGCUGAUGCAGACUUAGAAUGAUGGAGUUAAUUAUAGUACAGAAGUGAUUAAAUAUUGCAAAAUUGUUUUAUAAACCACAAGUCAUUUACUGUCAUCCUGGGAUUUCGUCCAAUAAUUUUCCAAGUGAAAUUCUGAAGUAUUUCAAUUGAUCUGUGGUGAUUUUUUUAUGGUGACUUUGUUGUUUAAAGACCUUCAGAAGUAUACGUUUGGUCACUUUUAUAGCUGUUUCCUGCUAUAAACCAAACAUACAUGUAAUGGGAUGCUUUCAUUUAAGGGGGA